UAGGAAAAUACAGAUAGAUAGAGUGGAUACUGCAUUUUAUCCGAACUCAACUCUCACUCUGUUUGCAAUUCAAUGGCGUCCACUCUCUUUUGCGCUCCCUCACUGUCUUCUUCUUCUUCCUCUUCUUCAAUGUUUUCCAAUCCGCUUAAAUUAUCGUUAAAGUCCUCUGGAGUUUCUCUUCAAAACAAAAACCCCCUUUCCCUUCCCACCACCACCACUCAUUCUCCAACUACUAGAAGACGCUUCAAAAUCACUGCCAUGGCUCCCCCCAAACCCGGUGGUGGCAAAGCCAAGAAAGUUGUUGGAAUUAUAAAGCUGGCUCUUGAAGCUGGGAAGGCGACGCCGGCUCCACCGGUUGGACCGGCUCUUGGUUCAAAGGGUGUUAAUAUUAUGGCUUUCUGUAAAGAUUACAAUGCCAGAACUGCUGAUAAGCCUGGUUAUGUUAUUCCUGUUGAAAUAACUGUUUUUGAUGAUAAAAGUUUUACUUUCAUAUUGAAGACUCCACCUGCUUCUGUUCUACUGCUUAAGGCUGCUGGUGUGGAAAAGGGUUCAAAAGACCCCAAAAUACAAAAAGUUGGAAAAGUCACAAUUGAUCAGUUGCGUACCAUUGCUACUGAGAAGUUGCCGGACUUGAAUUGCUCGACUAUCGAUUCAGCUAUGAGAAUUAUAGCAGGCACUGCAGCAAAUAUGGGAAUUGAUGUUGAUCCUCCUAUUCUUGAACCCAAACAGAAGCAACUUUUGUAAUGAUUUUUCAAUUUUCCUUCCAAGUGUAAGAAAGUCCUUGCGGUACUAGAUCACACAGGACAAUGUAUUGUACACUAUUUUAUCUUCUAAAUCAGCAAAGAGAACAUUUGAUUUUUACUAUUUCAUAUUGGGAAAUGCAGGAUGUUACGAAUCCAAAUUCGAAGAAACUAACGAAUUACAUUGUUAUUAAUUUGUUAUUACUGUUUUGCCCAUUA